AUGUCAACCACGGAAUCGGUCAUCAUCGUUGGGGGUGGUAUCGUCGGUUCUUCUCUUGCCUACUUCCUCUCUAAAUCCCGUAUUCAUCGGUCCAUCACCAUAAUUGAUCGGUCUUUCACUUCUCUACUCGGUUCCAGCGGAAUCGCUCCCGGUUUCAUAGGGCAGUUCAACGAGUCCGAAGUUCUCACCAAACUGGCCAUCGACACCGUGUCAGAAUAUGUCAAAGUUCCAGGAGGCUUCGAUCGUGUCGGGGGGUUGGAGAUAGCCUUCAAAGAUGAAGGUAUCAACCGAUUAAAGACAAGAUGCAAAGAAGCAGAGAAGCUAGGACUGCCCGCGGCUAUGUUGUCUAUGGAAGAAGCUCGCAAACUAGCGCCUGAUCUGGUGAAAGAAUCAGCUGCUGGAUCAGCCUUGUUCUUUUCUUCAGAUGGGACUGCCAAUGCCGUCAAAAUUACAACCUGGUAUCAGGAUGAAGCAAGGAAAAAUGGAGUCAACUUUGUUGAAGCUGAUGUGCAAAAACUCUCUAUUUCGGAUGGUCGUAUCACAGGGGUCUUCAUCAAGGAGAACGACACUACCAAACAACUCAACGCGAACAAAGUGAUCCUUACUACAGGCAUCUGGGCACAAGGCCUGACAUCCAACCUCGAGUUCCCAGUUCCUGUCAUUCCAGUUGGUCAUCCUUAUAUGCAUGGCCAAACCCGUGAUCCUCAACCCCACAAACUACCAUUCGUCAGAUGGCCGGAGCAUCAUGUAUAUUGUCGGGAUCAUGGCAAGAAUUUCGGUAUUGGAAGCUACGACCAUGCACCUAUCGGCCAAAAGCCACGAGAGUCUGCAACGGGAUCAUGGGUUGAUUGGUUCGAGCAACCACUGAAGUUUGCAACAGAUCUACUACCCCCCGCUGCAGCCGAUGUGUUCAAAGACAGCAGAAAGUUUAAUGGCAUUUUCUCCAUGACCCCCGAUAAUAUGCCACUGGCUGGCAAGGUCAAAUCCAUUGACGGACUUUAUAUGAGCGUUGCAGUAUGGGUCACCCAUGGAGCUGGAACCUCAAAGUUCUUGGUUGAUAUCAUUGAUGGAAAGGAAGUGGACAACAAGACAAUCGAGGCACUUGAUCCCGAGAGAUUCAGAGGACAGGACUUUUCUGAGUUGGAACAAAAGUCUCUACAGGGAUACAACUCGAUCUACAAGACUGUACAGUCCAGUUAG